AGCGGGUUUUCCAAUUUUAAUCAGUUUGACUGCACAAAGUGCACGCGUCUCAUCCAAAAUGGGGUUUUCUCUACCUUUCGCGGUAACGUUUUUGAGUUUGAUAGCCGAAUCUAGCUUGAUUUAUCUUAAUCAUGAGAGGUUUCGUCCUCAAGACCCUCACUGGAGAUUUGGUAGGCCCGUUCAGAGCUUUCCACCCAAUGCAGACUUCCAGGAUGAUUCAGAUAACUUUUUGUACACACAGCAUCAAAUCGCACAAUUGCAUAGUCUAGAGCCUCAAGCCAAGGAGUACGACGGCAAUUCAGCCAAAAGAGGAUACUUGGCAAACAAAUUUUUCGUUUCUGAUGAUCAAUUGCCCUGGACAGAAGCUCGAUCGGCGUGUCUUUCCAAGGGCAUGAUACUGACCGCUCCUCGGAACAUGUUGCAAAUGCAUAAAUUGCGCGACUAUUUGCGAAUUAAUGACCUGAUCCCCACUGAUAGUUUUUCAGGAUUUUGGGUGGGAGAUCAAAGUGCAAGUGACCCAAACGAAUUCAUCAGUACAUUUAAUGGCGAAGUGAUUAACGAUGAACUGUGGGUGGUGAGAAAAAUCAACCUUCCGCUAGGUCAAAAAUGCGCCGAAUUCCAAAAGCUGAAAUAUAUAACGCGCACUUUGGAUCUGAUUUGUUUUAAUAGAAGAAGAUACAUUUGUGAGCAAACCGAAAACGAAGAAGCUCUGAAGAACAAAAGUGGCUCCCAACUAGCAUCUAAUAGUACGCAGGAAGCUCAUCAUGAAAUCAACAAAAUUUCUGCUGAAGUUAACGGAACUCAAAGCUUCAACGUUACUUCAUCUAGUGUUAACAUGAGAACAAAUACAAGUAUUAAUAUAACUUCAACCACAACUGAACAACCAACCACUUCCACAGACUAUGCCGACUAUGCAGAAGCGAUGUACCAGAAUGGGUGGCAAGAGCCGAUACACUACUUUGACGAUCCUUUUGCUGAUCACGAUUACUAUUAGAAUAGUAAUCCUCAUACAUACCUCAAACAAUAUAAAAUUUUUCUUU